AUGUCAUCCUCCCACCUCUGGCUCUACGCUUCAUCCCGCCUCCGAGACCCCACCGUCACAGACGGGGUCUUUAGUCAAUGGUACCAAGAGCACCACGUCCCGGACGUGCUAAAGACAGGCUCCGUCCGAAAAGGAGAGUUUUUCCGAGCUAUAGGACCGCAGAAACAGUUCCGCUGGCUUGCGGCAUACGACUGCGACGAUUUGGAUUUCAUGGAGCCGGAGAACUUUGCUCGCAUCCCGAAAACACAUAGCAUGCUGGGCACGACCAAGUCUUGUUUGGAAUUUGCUGAAUUCGAUACGAGGAUCUUCCAGCAACUCUUCGUACUCAAGAACGGCGAGGGGAACGAGACGGGAAACACUGGUUCCGACCGGUAUCUCCUAACAUGUACCUUCCACUGUGAUGACACCGAUUAUGAGGCGCUCGAGAGCCGCUGUAUCGAUGGGGAUAUUUUACAUGCUUUUCCGGGGUCGCGAUGGCUGAAGAUCUCGAGACCGUUCGAGGACGAUGAUACGUAUCUCGGGUUUAUGAUCGUGCAGGCACUCGGGGACGUUGAGCCCAAGGAUUUGAUCUCUUUGGAGGAUAAUUGGCGGUCAUAUUUGGCGGAGACGUUGGGGCUGGAGAGGCAGUUCUUGCAGCCGCAUUUGUGGGAGCUUUUGAGACGGUGUGAGAAUGGUUCUUAG